CCCCCCAUCUCUCACAGCCGCUUCGCUUUCCGUCGCGCCUCGCCCCCCAAGGUAUAAACUGAAAGAGGGCGCUGCUGCAGGUUCCGUGCAGUUUCGAUUCGCCUACAUAUGGCGGACGGAGAGGAAGUGGCAAGCAGCCCAGAAAAUGGCGGGGGAGAGACCGAAACUUCACUCGUUACUGAAGCCGACCUUGGAAGGAGGGUGGUUUUCUUCUCCAGUCAAGACAGACGAGAGAAGUAUGGCACGUUGCGGUAUUACGGUCGCCCGGAGUUUGCGUCCGGGGUGUGGGGUGGGGUUGAACUGGACAGACCUGAGGGUAAGAACAAUGGAUCCAAGCAUGGAAUACGGUACUUUAAUUGUGAGCCAUGCUAUGGUGUAUUUGUGCCUGUGGAGAGAGUUCAGCGAGAUAGCUCCCGCCGCUCUCGGUCCAGGCCUAGCAGUAGGCCUAGUAGCAGACCCAACAGUCGACCGUCGUCAGCUGACCGAGGCAGAAAAGGUGUUGACGCCAACGAGGGAUUCCGGGUAAAGCCUGCUGUUGUGCAGCAAGAGCUGGCUCGUCUGGUGAAGCAUGUACCUGUCCCGGAUCAUGUCCCUAGAAGAAAGACGGGAGCCAAUUCAGCCACAGCUUCUCGACAGCCAAUGAAGGCAUUUGCUCGGACCAAAGAUGAUGCUACCGUUGGUGGUAAAUUGUCGUCAGUUGUGCCACACACUAGGGUACCUCAGAGGCCCAUGCAGAGAGCAGCUAGUUCAGAGAAUCUAAGAGGAGUCAAGGAGAGCAGCAGCAAACCUGUAAAAAAGAGCUCAUCAGAGCAAAAUCUGAAGGGUGGAAAGACACUUCCACGUUCACUGAAGCCCUCAAGGAGACAGUCUCGGCCACAGAGUGUCUCUGGCUCUGGGACCAACGGGCAGCAGGGAGGUCUUGAUGGAGUUGUGCUGUCUAGCAGUAGUAGCAGCAGCAGCCCCGACGGAAACCCACCUGCCAACAUUGGCUUUGUAACCUCAUCGAUUGGGUAUCAACCAAUCUCGGGUUUGAGUACACAUGCCAGUCAGUUUGCUGAGCAGGAAAGGCACUCAUCUGGGAUGUGUGGUGUUCCUUUACCAAACGGUGGGCAGAGCAAGGGAAAACUAGGGCCCAACAUUGGUACCGUUUCCCACCCACUGUCACAUGUAGCAGGCCUGAAGACUGACGUGACCUUACAGACGAUCAUGCCACUCUUGGAGGAAUUGCUGGACCAGAAUCAAAAGCUGAUGCACAGACAGGAAGAGCUGGAGCAAAAACUGGAAGCCAGUGGCCAGCAGUGGUAUGCUGAAUUGAAGGCUGAAAUUUCUGCGCUACAGAUGUCACUCGGGGAAAUGAAGGAAUCAUACCAACGUUAGUCAGUUGAACUUGAAGAAUGUUUACCUGUUUUCCCUAAAAUAGCUGGCAGUUGCAGAACAUGAGCGAAAGGCGAAAGCCAUGUUAGUUAAUUGCUAUUGUGCUCAUUCAAUAUCACAGGACCUACUUUUCGGUGCAUGUAUUAUAUCUCCAUUUCCAGUCAAUUUG